CUUUGGCACAGAGCUUUUGUCGGGCAGACUAAAGAAAGCAGCUGCUUCUGAAACAAGUAUCUCAAGUUUCCUUUCGGACCUUUUCUUUCUUUUUUCUUCUACAUGUUUCAUCCGAGGGACCAAAACAGCAAUACAGCUGACAUGUACAGCUUAUUGGAAACGGACAUUAAAAGCCCAGUCCCCCAGGCAAAUACAGGGACGCAAGGCUCCACGGUUACAGGUGGCAACGGCAAAAACAGCAACACGACAGACCAAGAGCGAGUGAAACGGCCCAUGAAUGCAUUCAUGGUUUGGUCCAGAGGUCAGAGAAGAAAGAUGGCACAGGAAAACCCCAAAAUGCACAAUUCCGAAAUCAGCAAAAGACUUGGAGCAGACUGGAAACUUCUGACAGACGCAGAGAAGAGACCUUUCAUUGAUGAAGCUAAACGUCUGAGAGCCUUGCACAUGAAGGAGUAUCCGGAUUAUAAAUACAGACCAAGAAGAAAAACCAAGACCCUUCUGAAGAAGGACAAAUACUCUUUACCCAGUGGACUUCUUACUCCAGGAGCCAGCGCAGUGAGUAGUGCUGUUGGGGUCGGGGUGGGUCAGCGGAUGGACGCUUAUGCCCACAUGAACGGAUGGACUAAUGGGGCAUAUUCCCUGAUGCAAGAUCAGCUCGGUUAUACUCAGCAUCCCACCAUGACUAACCCCCAGCUUCAACAAAUGCACCGCUAUGAUAUGACUAGCUUGCAGUACACUCCUAUGAUGUCCACCGCUCAGACCUACAUGAGUCCAGUCUCCACCUACAGCAUGUCUCCUGUCUAUAGCCAACCUAGCACAACAGGUAUGAGCCUUCCAUCUAUGGGCUCAGUGGUCAAGACGGAACCCAGCUCACCACCUCCGACCAUCACUUCCCAUCCGCAGCGGGCUUGCCUGGGGGACCUGCGUGACAUGAUCAGCAUGUAUUUGCCCCCUGGGGGAGACAGCACAGACCACUCAGCUUUACAGAGCAGCAGAUUGCACAGUGUGCACCAGCACUAUCAGACCACCGCCACGGCGGGAACGGUGCCCCUCACCCACAUCUAAAGACAAUGUGUGCGUAAAAACUGACAACUGCUAAAUGACUUUCAGACCAGGAGCCCUACCGCUGCUUUGUGACAAACACUUUGGGCCAUCGCCCUGCCUACAAAGAGCACAAGAUUUUAUGCCUAUUGCAUUUACUUUUGUGAAGUUUAAGCACAGAAGGCGAGAAGCUUUACAAACACUGAAAUAUUACGUAUAAAGGAAGCCUUUUCAUCUUUUUGAAUAAAAAAAGGACACCAACUUUUUUUCAGAAGUUGGAAAAGGGACAUUUGGUCAGAACUUAAAACAUGUUUACAAUUUUGUAAAUUGACUACGUCUCGUUUGGAUUCAUCCAAACCGUAUAAAAAUCACUCUGAUUGUUUUAGCGCCUUUUAUCAAUGUUUCUGGACCUCUAAUCACUGUGCGGGUCGCAAACGCAAGGUUUUAAUUUAUAGUUAAUUUGUAUGAGCUCAAGAAUAUAAACUUUUGCGCAUGAAUGUGAAGGAUAUUCUUCAGUGCAAAUCUUCAAAGCUUUACUGCAUAAAGAGAAAGAUACGGAUAGUGUCCCCUGACCAAUAAAUAACCUGUGUGCAACAGAUUGUUGAAGAAAAUAAAGACAAUUCAUGACACCUUAAGUGCAACACUAGCAUAUAACCAGCUAAGACCAUUGCAUGCCAGUGUCUGUUUUUAGGGGUGGCAUUGGAACACUGUCUGGAUAAAUGGUUUAUUCAGGAGUCUUGUUGUAAGCAAAAAGAGGCUAAGGGAACCAAACCCAGGCCUAUCAUGCUAAAUGGCUCCCACUUACAUUUGUAAAUGUAAACUGCAUUUGCAUAGUUGGAGAUAUGCUUUCUCUCUAUACCUUUCGGAGCUAAUAAUAUGUAAGAACGAAAGAGAAUUAAUGACACUAAGUCUGACACCACUAAUGGCAUCACUAAACACAUUUUCUCUUUUGAUGUACUAAAUUUUCAUUCACUAGCACUGGCUUUUCUGAAAAGUAUUGCUCUGAGUAAAAUGCAACUAUGCUUA